AGUGACCUGUUGAGGUUGUGCGACGAAGAUAUUUACUAGAAAGACGCUUUUUCUUUCGCGAAAAGUUUUCGUACUCAGCAUCAUACUAGUCAUGAUUCAUCAUCAUAUCGUAUGUUAACUUAGAUUUACCUUAGACGUUACACAUUCAUAAUAGUUACAAAGGCCUUUGCCUUGUAUCGUAGAAAGGCGGUUGGGGUUGCUUUUCUACUACUUUUGUCGAAAAGUAUUCCUUUUCUAGCACCAGGCAUUGUAUUUUGUACGGCACACGCCCAGCUCAGUCGUGUUCAUUUUCAACCAAUCUUCAGCACGAAAUUGAAAACGAAGCAAGACGUAGAGCAAAUAUACUGGCACUUUAUCGCCCUAUUUUACGGCAGUAUCCAAUUCCAACUCGUGGGGGAACUACCAAUCUACGUGGAACUUCGAUUUCCAUUUUGUCACUUGUUACUCGCGCUAGGCAGUAUCUAUGUACCUACGACGCAAAGUAACGCAACCUAUAUGUUCUUCUAGACCCCAAAGCAACUCCUGACUAAGCUACCCCAGAAAUAUUAUUUGACAACAAUUUGUAACAAAAUUUCUUGAAACUGAAAUAGUUGAAUCCCUACGAAUAUAAUGUCAAAAACUUCCUCGACUAUCGGCCCCGUUCCCACGUAUACCGCAUUCGCCGCGCCGUCGGAUUUUCCCGCCCUGGAUGUUGGCGCGACUAGCACUACGGGAAACAGACAGAACAAGCGCCGGGGCGGUGGGGGCGGUGGGACGGCAACGUCGUCGAGUAAGGGUGGGGGGAAGCACUGGCGGGUAAUGCAAAGACCACCGGUUACUUCGAAGGAGCAGAAGGAAACGACCACUUCUACAGCAACGUACGUUAUGUCUUCGCAGACGGAUAGUCUUCAUCUACUUGAAGGUCCUACAACUUCCGGAGGUCCAACGAGCACGGGCUAUCACCCGACGGCCAGAGCUGCUGCUGCAUCUGGCGGAACCGCAAAUAAUGGUAGAAGAAAUAAAAACCGUGUGGGUCCCGCACCGCUAGUGGAUGAACUCGAGCCUGGUAUUAAAAAUGGUAAUGGAACAAGUAGUAGACCACAAGCCCAACAAAGAACGCCGCCAACGACAGCAUCCUCGUCCUCUUCUCGCGAGAUAACGAACUCCGGUGCAGCUCCUGGUGGACCAUUACAGUCACAGCCUCGGUUCGACAGUGCGGCGGAGAAAAGUUACCUGGAGUUGCAGGGCCAAGAAGAAAAUCUUAUCCCAGGAACUACAGGAGAUGACAUGCAGCGGCGGCCCCGGAACAACCGGCAAAAUAAACCGGGGAGACGGGACCGGAUGCGCAUGCGCGAGGAGCGGGAGAGACAGGAACAAGGACAACAACUACAUCAAGUGCCGUCAACAUCUACAACUUCGGGCAUCAUGUUUAAGGAAGUUCCCUUUAGCGAGGAGCAGGAGGAACUGCGGCAAAGGCGGCAGGACGAAGAGCUGAUCGUCCUCGAUGGUGGCGGGGGCUCCAAGCGGAGCAAUUACACGCCGAGAAGCAAGAAAUUGGAGCAGGCCGACGCCGGUUUGUACAAUGCAUUUGCGACUUCUGCCAUGGAGGAGCGGAGAGUCGGGAGCGUAGGUGUAGAGAAUGAUAAAGCAGGGGCCUCGGCACUAUCGGCUAGGAGCAGAAGAAGAGGAGAACUACCGAAAGAGCCACCAGCAGCAUCAUCUACUCCUGCCACAUCAAAACAACUACACCCCCGACGAGGAGAUGAUACAGACAGAGAAGUGCUAGAUGACCUUCCUGUCGUCCCGGUAAAUGAAAUAAAGGAAACCAAAAAUGUUGACAAAGACGACAGCGCACCUCCACUUCUAGCCUCCUCCCCCGCGGGCGCGAAGCCGAAACUGCGGCCGAAAAAGAAGAAGCCGGACGAGAUUGACGUACAGAAGGAGCAUUUGCGACGGCUAGCCAAGUUCAAAACCGAGUUCGUAAAGGAACUACGCACCGAGCAGUUUCGCAAGAGGCAGUUCCUGGACAGGCCGCUUGCGGAACAACAAGAAGACGAUCAGGAGAGAGACGAAGCAGAUAUCAACUACUUCGAAGAAAAAGCGCGGGUGGAAAACUACUUGCAAACCCUGGCGAAAAAGCAGGAGUUGCAGCCGAACCGGAAGCAAGCCAUGAACUUGGCGUUUCGACGGAUCCAGCAGGCCACCGAGGAGCUGUUCGGCGACAAGGCCACGGUGGAGCUCUUCGGCUCCGUGGUGAAUGGAUGCGCGACAAACGCAAGUGAUUACGAUUGCGGCAUAAGGUUCGUGGAAAACGAAAAGACCCUGAAGGAAUUGCUCCGAGCGGAGGAUUUGAGUACUCCUUGUUCUAGACUGUUUUUUAGGUCGUGCACGAUUUUGAUGCUUAGAAAAAAAGACGUAGUACUAGCUAGUCCUUCUAGUUCUAUCUUGAUUCACACAGAAGUUCUGAAAAUAAAUUAUCGUGAUUUUUUACACGACCUGCUCAAGGGAGGUCGUGCUACUUACUCUCGCUGAAAAUAAAUCAGAAGAGAAAUUUCCAGAUCCAGAAAAAUGAAACCCCACGUACAAUUUUUCCAGGUUACGCCACGUCCGGCGGGCGUCGGGUUCGCGCGGGCAACGAGCUGUCUGUGGCGGCGUUGCGGAAGAUCCAGAAGCACAUGCAGAAGGACGAGAAGUGCAAGAGGACGACCCUGAUCGAGGGCGCGAAGGUGCCCAUUCUGCAGCUGGAGUUUUUUCCGAAGGAGGAGAAGUUCAAGCCGAGUUGCUUCGACAUUUCGAUCACCACCAAGAUGUGGACGUACGACAACAGCCGGCUUUUGUACUUGUACCUGCACCUGCAACCCAACCGGAUCAUCCGGCACUUGGCGGUGCUGGUGAAGCAGUACGUGAAGGAACGGAACCUGGGGUCCGCGAAGGAAUCGAUGCUGAGCUCCUACAGCUACCUGCUCCUGCUCAUCCACUACUUGCAGGUGCUGGACUACCUCCCGGGGCUGCAGGACCCCUCGCUCAUCUGCCACAGCUGGGACGAGAAUUAUGGCGGCACGGCGGGCACCUCCAAAACGACCCCCGAACCGGUCGUGUACGAGCACCACUACGAUGAGGAAACGGGGGAGUUGCGGCGCACGCGGUCCAACCCCCCGCCGCAGCUUUCCAAGGCGGGCGUCCACUACGGCGAAACGUACCGGUUCUUCGACUACGAACGGGCGUGGGACGAGAAGAACAACCCGCAGAUCGACGACCGCCUGCUGUCCACGACGGAAAGGGUGCUCGCGAAGGGGAAAAAGGCCCGGCCGGUGAACCGGACCGGGGCGGACUUCGUGACGGAGUUCCACCUGCAGCGGGUGGACAAGGACGGAGGCCCGGAUCUGAUGACGCUGUUCAAGGGCUUCCUGAAGUACUACGCCGAGGUGUGGCGGACGGGGACGAGCGUGCUCACCAAGUCCAUGGUCUCCGUCAAGGCGGUCCGGAUAAAAGACGAAUUCGUGCAUUACUACUACGAUCACGGAAGUAGACCUAGAAGUGGCAGUGGGACAGCAGGAGGAGUCGCGGAGCCGGCGAGUGCGGAAGGUCGUGCGGCCGCGACGGUCGACGUGUCGACGGCAGCAGUAGAGGAGGACGGUUCUGGUGAUCUUGGAAAAAACGGAAAAGCAGGGGGGAAAAUAUUGACAAAAAACGGAGAAGAUCCAGCUUCUUGGGACGACGAGCCACCAGAGGUGAAGGAAGACCUGCCGCAGCAGGAGAACCCCGAUUUAUUUUCGAGCGUCAGCAACAUCAAUUAAGGCUCAAAAAAAUCCAUCCGCUCAACGGCUCCCAAAAUGUUUGAAGCCUGGCCAGAAAAAAGGCAUCUGCGCAAGAAGACACGCGCAGCAGUUUGUGACGCUCGGCUCCGUGAGCGCGUUCGCGCUGCAAAGUAGCGAUUUGAUUUUUUGAACCUUUUUGCGGACCUUCAUUUGUGAUCGUGCGCCUUUCGGGGCGGAAAAGGAGCUGGGAGCGUUUUAUCAUCGUUUCCCGCUCUUUCGCAACACUCUGUGACUUGCAGAGCUUGCAAAUUUCUUUCAAACUUCAGUUGAAGUUCAAAUUUGACUUGAAGCUUUAAGUCAAAUUUGAGCUUCAGCUGAAGUUUGAAAGAAUUGAACUAGUCCCACAAGUGGGUCCAACAAACAAAUUUCCAAUAGGAUUCGGCGUUUUCCGGACUUCUGUCGGACACCGCUGAAGGAGUAGAGCAAACAAAUUUGCGCAGAAAAUUGAAUACCUGCAAAUGUACGCGAAACGGUGAAAGGUAGGAAAAGGCUGUCAAAAUGGUCGCAGCUCGUGUUUUUUGAUGCUCGACGGGGGGCGCUUUACAAACUACAGCCACAGCAUCGGCGACGGCAUGCAAAGUGAAGCUGUGAUAUGAGUACGGUCUCGCCAACCGCAUUGCAACAGCUCGCGCACACAGAUCGCGCAAAGUGCUUGGCUUUGCUCCUCGAAUGCGAAGCGGGGCCCUAUCGACUUUUCAUCCCUUGCAAGAAUUACUUCAGCAAACAUUUUGGGAACCGGGCUCGGAAUGGAUUUUUUUCACCCCUAAAUCAAGACAUCAAAUCCAGGAAGAAAAGCUGCAGAUGAAGAAGUAGAAGACCAAGAAGAAAAACAGCCCGCUGGUCUCGAGGACUCCGCGACCGCCGCCGCCGCGGACGAGAUGUACCGCGCGAAGCUGAUGGUGCAGAUGCGGGACCCGCGAGAGCUGGAGAAACUGCUGCUGAACCAGCCGGGGCUCGUGAAUUUGGAACAUGUCGAGCGGGACUUUUGUCCGAAAAAAUCACGGCAAAACGACUGGUACUUCAUGAUCGAGGACCCCAUCCAACCAGACCGGUUUCUGGGCCUCAACCGCGACAACCACGAGUGGUGGACCUGGAUGCUGGGGGACGACCUGCGCGAACUCUCGCGGAAAGACCUGCAGCUGAGGCACGUCGAAAAAAUCUUCGGACGCAAACUGGAGGACAUACACUGAAAAUCGAAUCACCUUGUUGAUGCCGUGCUUCAUCUGCGUGGGAACGUGGACGAGGAACAAGCGGCCUAAAUGUCUUCUGUGCCGUCGGCCGUUGCUGCGGGGACAAGGUGGUGCUGGAUGUAGUCGAAAGUGAUGUGAUUGGUUUUGCACUUGUUGUUGUCCGAGUCGUGAUAGAAAGUGGCUCAUUGCUUUCCAUAUUCUUGCAAUGAUGGACGAGAAAGAAAAGUAGUGGCGCGAACUGCGAUGAACACCAAGUAGAACCCGCAUCAUGGAAUCGGCAAGAAUAAGGUGUGUCAAAUUCACUUUCACACACAGAAAUUGGCGCUAUUUGUGUCGUCCUAGCAAGAACGGCUGCAGCAGUCCUCAAGAUGCCACUGCCAGCAAUUUUAUCGACGAAGGCGAUGAUGUCGUCGUGUUACCACUAAGAGCGUG